UUUAACCAAUCGAAAUUUUGUUUAGAAGAAUAAUCAAAGAAAAUCGGAGUUUCAUCGGUGUAAUGAUUCGUUAAGAGUGAAAUUCAAGGACGUCGAAGGAGAAUGAAGUUAAAACGAAGGGUAAUUCGCGGAUCUGUUUGAGAAAUAAUUUCGAAGAGCGUUGGAUCAAACGAUAUAAUCGAUUCGAUUUCUUUUUAAUUUUUUUAUUUAUUUAUUUAUUUAUUUAUUUUCUUCGUUUAAUUCGAAUCGAUCAGGAUGUACAGUCUGUACAGAGCUUGGUUCGGCGACGAAAGUGCCGCGGAUAAUUAUAAUCGUUUGCAAGAAACCCUAUCGCCGCCUGAUACAGUGAUCAGAGUUGGAAACGAGGGUGAGCAUCAGUUCAUUGCACACAAGGGCAUUUUAGCGGCACACAGUGGCUAUCUGAAGGCUUUGCUGGCCAGUGCAGCAGCUAGUUCGAGCAGUGGACCAAACUUUGGUGGGUCUUGUGGUGGAUUGAAUUCGGCAAGUUCCAGUAACUCGACUACAACUGGGAUCGGUGGACAACACACUCGACAGCCGGUUACUUCCGUCUCGGUGUCUUCGAUCGGUGGAGAAGCAUUUGCGCCAUUGUUAAAUUACAUGUACACCGGUCGACUCGAGGUAACAUUGGACAACGUGUACAGUGUACUAUUGGCAACUCAUUUGUUACAUAUGCCUGGUGCAUUGGAACAAUGCAGAGCUGCUUUGCUCAGAUUAAGAGGACCGCCCCCUUUGCCAACGCCGAUACCAAUAACACCAACUUCGACAUCAACGUCGACGUCGAGUUCAGGUCCUGGAAAUAUAUUGAGACCCAUACCAAACAGAUUGGUAUUAGGGCCACCACUUUGUUGGCCUCAAACGAGUUCAAUUUAUCCUUCAACCGCGACAGCACCAGGAUCCGUCGGCCUAACACCACAUUUGCCUCAAAUGCAACCAACGACUGUACUGAUACCACCUUCCGUUUCACCAAACGUUUCGGUCAUUCCUACAUUAACUAGUCAAGAGACUCAAGAACCUAACACGCAUUACAGCUCGAGCAACCGAGAUAUCUCAAGAUCACCAAGAUCAUCUCCGUCGCGAUUAAACAAAAGAACGAUCAACGUCGUUAAAUCUAGAUCCCAUUCAAGAUCUACGACACCAGAUACCAUUUCACCAACGUCUUCUCUUCCAUACGUCAAUGCUGCGGCCGCGGCAUUCAACGCGUUUGCAUCGAGGUCAUCCUCGCCAUCGGUAGCGUCACGUUCAUCGUCGUUAUCGCGAUCGCCAUCGCCAACGUCACGCAGAGGAAAGAAAACUAAUCCGAUAGAUCGACGAGAAAUUACGAAUUCUAAACAGGAGUUACGUACAACGACAACAACUGAUAUCAUCUCGACGGGUCAAACUGGACGGUCCAAUGAAAAUACCAAUUCGAUCGUAGGCUCACCUACGAGAAUUAACAACAGCGAUAAUCCAAAAUGUUCAACGAUGUCAACGACGACGACAACGACCGAUGUUGAUCGCGGCAGGCCGCCAUCGCACAGACGCAAAAAUCGUAUCGCUAACAACAACUCUUCUAACAACGUUAACGACCCUUCCUCCUCUUCUUCUUCCGGCAGUGUUUUGUCGGUAGUUUACGACGUUGCUUGUUGUGACGGACCCGUGAAGUUUCAUCGUGUUUUAAACGAAAACUAUACCGUACCCCAGUCACGUUUACAAAGGCAUUGCAUCGAUGAUAAUACCAGGCCACCUCCUCCUAUUGAGAACGACGAAAAUGGUGGCUCAGGUACUACUAGAGUACGAAAUUGUCCUACGGAUCCUAUAAUAACUACGCAAACGACAGAUUCUGGCAACAACGUUGGAAGUUACAGUUGUGGUUAUUGCAGGCAUACUUUCAAGUCCCAAUAUUGUUACAGAAAGCACGCCAAGAGACACUUGUUGCCAACGAGAUCGAACGGCGAUACAACAGCACCAAUUGAAAGAAAUCGACAGGAUAAUAAUUCGAGAAACAAAAGGGAGGUCAGACUUCUCGAUUUGAACGUUCAAUAUUAUCCGUGUAAAAUUUGCGGAUGUAAAUUUCCGAGUUAUUACUUCGUACACAAGCAUAGAAAAUUAUGUCACGCUAAUGUCGAUGACAAUACUCGAGUUAACAACAGAGAUGAUGUCGUUACGUUCAAUGAUCAAGAAUCAACGAGCCAACCCGUAGACGAUACGACGCCGCAACGUGAAUGAAAAAAAAAAUGACAAAGAAAAGCAAAA